AUGGGUAGAAGGGUUCAAGAAUGGAAGGAUCAAGUUGACCUGUCUCAAACUUGUUCAUGUAAUGAUGAUGGAUUUGGAGAUAACCAUGGCCUACAGGUAAAGCCGUGUGACAGCGAUUGUGGAGGCUGCGGGUUCAUAUGUGCUUGCCAAUGCUGCAAACCUCGCCAACGUGCAAUAUAUGGGGGACUGGCCACGGGUGCAGUAGUGCUUGCGGUAGCGAUCGGCCUUGUUGUCUACUACAUCGUUACGCAUCAUGUUGCGGCCCUCAAGAAAGUUCGUGACUACGUCUCGAAUAAACUGUGGGGUCCCAGAAAAUUAAGAUUCAUCCCCAGAUCGGAGCUGGAUGCCCCCAAAAGUACGCAUAUUACUGAGGAGAUGGACAUUGACCCCUACUCUGCCUUCCCCUCCAAGGACCUCACAGAUUCGGGGUCCAAGUGGAAUCUGAAUAUCGCAAUAGCUGCCGUUUCACGGCGGUAG